AGUCUAGUCCCCUGUUAUUAUGUAGUGUAGGCUCAAUCUGUAGGAUUUUACUGUAGAUAUAUAUACAAUAUAGAUAUUCUGUGAAUUUUGUGACUGUGAUCGACGUUCGACGCUGUUUAGUGUUAUCGAUUCAGAUUUCUGAAAUAGUUUUUGUUAGGGAAGAUAGCUAACAGAGCUAAAACAUUAUUAAAAAUGUUAUUAAUAAACGUUUUUUAAUCUUAUUGUAUCAACAAUUGUUGGGAGUUGUUUUGUGUAAGAAUGAUUGUGUAAUAUUCAUAUAAGAAUGUGGUGAUAGAGAAAACGAAAAGUUGCUGUACGAUGGCGGCAGAUACGGCGGUGGCUGCGAGCCCUGAGGAGACUCUGGAGUCGUUGUUGCGGGAAGCUGAAGCUCUAAAGCAAAAGCUGGAAGAGGAACGUCAAAAACUAAACGACGUUACGCUGUCCUGUGUUGCUGAAAGAUUGGAGCCUAUCACUUUCCCUAAUCUCAAGCUACGUCGAGUGCUCAAGGGUCAUCAGGCUAAAGUUCUUUGUUCCGAUUGGUCUCCAGAUAAACGUCACAUAGUAUCUUCUUCACAGGAUGGAAAGGUGAUAAUUUGGGAUGCAUUUACUGCAACAAAGGAGCUUACGAUUUCUAUGCCCAGUACCUGGGUCAUGGCAUGUGCCUAUGCUCCUUCAGGGAACAUGGUUGCGGCAGGGGGCCUCGACAACAAGGUGACGGUGUUUCCGCUGGGCGGCGCGGGCGAGGACGAGCCGGCCGCCCGCAAGCGCACCGUGGCCACGCACACCUCCUACAUGUCGGCCUGCCUCUUCCCCAACACCGACCGCCAGAUACUCACGGGCGGCGGCGACGGCACGUGCGCGCUCUGGGACGUGGAGUCGGGGCAGCUGCUGCAGAGCUUCCAGGCACACGCGGCGGACGUGAUGGCUCUCGACCUGGCACCGACGGACAUGGGCGACACGUUCGUCUCGGGGGGCUGCGACCGCGCCGUGCUCGUGUGGGACAUGCGCUCCGGCCACGCCGUGCAGGCCUUCGACACGCACCUGUCGGACGUGAACAGCGUGCGCUACCACCCGUCGGGCGACUCGCUGGCGUCCGGCUCCGACGACUCGUGCUGCCGCCUGUUCGACCUGCGCGCCGACCGCGAGGUGGCGCGCUACGGCAAGGACAGCGUGAUCUUCGGCGUGAACUCGGUGGAGUGGUCGGUGAGCGGGCGCCUGCUGUUCGCGGGCUACAGCGACUACACGGCGUGCGCGUGGGACGCGCUGCGCGCGGCGCGCGUGUGCGUGCUGUGCGGCCACGAGCACCGCGUGGCGCGCGUGCAGCUGGCGCCCGACGGCACGGCGCUGGCCACGGCCUCGUGGGACGCCACGCUGCGCGUGUGGGCCUGAGCGCGUCGGGCCCGUGACGUUCUUCCGAUUUAUUGCGAGUUAUGUAGAAAUUUCUCGAUUCGACGAUCUAGUCGUGAGCUCUAUGAGAUCUGCAAUGUAGAGGGUAUGAGUAUUAUUAUAGUUCCGUCGAGUGAGAGACGAGCGGGUCC